AAAGUCCUGCUGGUGGGCGGCUGCGGGGCUGCGCGCGUCCGGCAUCCCGGGACCGCUCCGGCCCGCGGCGAGGGGGCCCGGCAGUCCAUGCAUCCGCCGCCGCCCGCCGCCGCCGCGAUGGAGUUCAGUCACAACAGCCUGUUCGGUUACAUGGAGGAUCUGCAGGAGCUCACCAUCAUCGAGAGGCCGGUCCGCCGGUGCCUCAAGACACCAGAGGAAAUAGAAAGAUUGACAGUUGAUGAAGACCUCAGUGAUAUUGAAAGGGCUGUUUAUCUGCUCAGUGCUGGUCAAGAUAUCCAAGGAACAAGUGUGAUCGCAAAUCUUCCAUUUUUGAUGCGGCAGAAUCCUGCUGAGACACUUCGGAGAGUUUUGCCAAAAGUUAGAGUCCAUGAGGAUGCACACUUAUUUAUCCAGAGAGUAUGGAUCUCACAUAUGUUUGUCCAGAGGGUGUGACUCUGUGGAGGAGAGCACUUAUUGUGGACAGUCCCAGAUGUUGAAGUCAGCACAACAAGAGAAAAAACCCAAAUCCUGAUAAGACUUGAGGAUUUUUCGAAAAUUAAAUGCAAACUAUUUGGGGCAAAUGUUGCUGCGGGAGUCAAGACUAAGUAAUACAGUAAGAAGAUAUGAAGUUGGAGACCUUCUCCUGUUCUUCUUUUGCAUAAAGUUUGCAUAUGUAAAAACCAGGACUUUAAUGACUUCACAAGGGGGCAGAAUUGCAUCUCUUGGACCUUAAAAGAGCAGACUCAUGUGAACUGGAAUGUACAAUGUACAAUUGUGAUGUGGCCUUCACAAUUUAUUUCAAUAUUUCUUUGCAAAGCCAUUUCUGUUUCUUAAAAGAAGCUGUGCCUUCUGAAA